GGGGCAUGGCAGGUGCAACCCAGAAUUCAGGGAUGGAUCACAUCAGUCAGAUUAGACAAACCCUUAUGAAUAAUGUACAGAAAUCUCCCUCACUGGAGUCAAGAUCUGCUCAUGGAGACCAUGACAUGGUAGUCUCCCCUUAUUCAAUCCUUUCUUUUGAGUUAAAGAAAUUAUUUUUAUUUUGGUUGUCCGGCUCUAUUUAGUGUUAAUUAGUUAAAUUAGUGUGUUUGUGAUUUGGUAAUCUCCUUUUAUUCACUUUAAAAAAAAAUAAAAAUUUAAAUGUUAAAAAACAUUCUUUAGUAUGUUUUCAAUAGUCCAGGCCUAGGGAUUUUGACAAGUCUGAGUAAGCUAGCGCUUGCAGAGACAAAAUUAUUGUAUCUAAGCUUUAAGAACUUUUUCUGAAUGCAAAUAAUAACUGAUAUAAAACAAUCACCUACCAAUAUUUACAAUCUGAUUUAGUCCACGGUAUUCCCAGUUUCAGACCAGUCCAAAUGUUCAUCUUAUUUUGAUAUAAAUCCACGUUUUUGAACGUUCAGUUCAUAUACCAUACAGGUCCACAGUAAUCCUAAUGUUUUAUCUGUCCCAUAAAGGUGGAGCUGGACAGCCUGGCUGAGUUUGAGCUGCUGGAAGAUGCUGUAGACAACAUCAGCUUCUGCAGUAACUCCUCUCUUGUUAGGAAACUUCUGACCAACGACAAGAAGGGACAUAAGGUGCUUCCACAAUUUAUUUGUUUCUAAUUUAUGUGAAAUUUCAAGUUACGGUUAAACUUUUCUCAAACAUUUAGCUGAAGAUUGCCUUAUGAAUAAAAUGUUUAGUCAGUUUUAAAAAGUCUGUAACACAAUGUAGCUAGACACACAUCUUGCUCAAGAUGUUUUAAGACCCAAUUAAGUGUUCCUAUUAACUCUUUCCAUGCCAGGGGGUUUUCCACGUUCGUGCCAGACCAGUAUUCGGCCAAUGGAAAUUUUUUAGGGUGCUCCUAUCUAUUCAUUAAUUUUGAAUGCAUUUCUUUUUGCAAGAUAGCUGUAUUUCAUAUCAAAUUAAAGGAAAUUAGACAGAGAGUAGUAGUAUGUAAAAUAUGAAACAAUAUAACAACAAUAAGUUAAAUUUUUUAGGUAAAAUUGUGAGAUCAAAUUUUUUAUAUUUUUAAAAUUGCACACCAAAUCUGAACUUAUCAGACUACCAUACGGUCUGUAGCUGAUAUCCUAUUCUGCUUCAAUCCCCCAAAAAUAUAUCCAUUUUUGAUCAUAAUGCAUUUUACAUUUUGAAAAUAUUCCAUUUUGUUACAGAGUUAUACCCAUUUUUGUAACGUUAGGAGUAUUCUUAUCUGAAUCCUCACUGUUGCCAUAGUAACAAAGUGGUUUUGAAAAAAAUUCAUAACUUUUGAACUACUUGAGCUAGAAAGUUGAUCUGGGUGUUUUUUUUUAAUCCAUUCUCUAGGCUCUAUACAUUCGUGGUAUUUUUAUAUUUUUUAAAAAUGUUUUGAAAUUUUUAUGAAAUUGCUGACGGUCACCACUAUUACUAUUGCUAUCAGUACUAUCACCAUUCUAUUACUAUUUCCAUUUGGCAUUUACCGACCCAUCAGAAUGCUGAAAAUCAUCAUUGGAAUCCGAUUCAAAUGAUUCAUUGUUAUUGUCUGUUGUUUCAGUAUCAAUAAUUAGCAAUAAAAGUUCUUUUGUUUGCAAAAUUGACUACCUACGUGGUCUAGCAACAGCUGACAUGCUUGGAGUGGGCGUGGCCAUGGCUUUGUUAACAAAAUUUUCAACACAAAUUGAACUAUUAUUAGAAAAAACACAUGCAAACAUGCCCUACUUCUUUAAAAAAGGAAGUAGUAAGAGUUAUCCUUCGUUUAAGAACAAAAAAAGUCGGAUUAAGAGCCACAAGAAACGAAAUAAACUACAUAAAUGCUAUCGACAGUAUAUUGUGGGUUGGCACGAAUGCGACCAGUCAAAACGACAGUAUACUGUCGAUUGGUACGGAAAGAGUUAAUAUUGUUGAUAUCUGACUUUUAGUUUAUUGAAAGUGCAUGUUUUGCCAGACUUCUAUAUUCACGAGUGGCAUAGCGAAAUCCAAUAUUACACACCAACCUUAUCAGAACAAGUUUUUUUUUUUUUUUUUAUAUUUUUCUCUUCCUAUUGGAAAUGGUUUUAAAAAGUAAUAAGUUAAAGUUUUCUUCCACUCCCUACAUGAAGUUAUUGACAGGCUAAAAUCUAAAAGUGAAACGAAAAAAUUAACCCAGGCUACAUGUUUUGCCAGACUUCUAUAUUUACGAGUGGCAUAGUGAAAUCUAAUAUUACAAACCUACCUUUUCAGAACAAGUUUUUUUUUUUUUUUUUAUAUUGUUCUCUUCCUAUUGGAAAUGGUUUUAAAAAGUGAUAAGUUAAAGUUUUCUUCCACUCCCUACAGGAAGUUAUGGACAGGCUAAAAUCUAAAAGUGAAACGAAAAAAUUAACCCAGGCUGGUGGUAGGGAAGCUGGCCCAGAAGUUGGCCUGGAGGAGGCUGAUAGAGAUGUGAUUGACAAGAUGGAUGAUUUGGUCAAUAAUGAAAACUCAAAUAACAAUGCUCAUAACAGACAGCGUGGACGAUUGAAAUCUGAGUCCUCUGAUAGGACACUUACAGAUUCUAGUGAAGAGGACAAUGAUUAUGCUGAAGAUAAAAUGUUGAGUGUAGUGCCUAAUGAAGACAAUAUAACAUCAAGCCCUUCAAGGACUAUACCUGACUGUGCCUAUUCUGAUCUCAACCAGAAUGUGUCCCCGUCCAAAGUCAUGACCAGAAAAGUCGCCACAAUGUCAUCGAAAUUCAGCACAGCCAAUAACACGCUGUCUAUGUUGAAAGCCUUAUCGCUGCAGGCCGGCAUCCUGACAUCUGGAGCUGCCAUGGCGGGCAGCAACUCCCUGCAGAGGUCGUCAUCGCAGCAACCCUCAUCCAUGUCACUACCGCCACCUCAAGCCUUUUUUACAACAUCACAGCCCAGUCUCGUCUCCUCAACCACAGGUGCCGGCGGCCCAUCAUGCAUUACCGCAACCCAAAGCCAGUUUGCGCCGGAGGGAUAUUUCACAUCAUCUGCAGAUACGGCAACAUCAGAUUCCACUGCCACUAGUGGUAGCUUUAAGUCCAGCUUCUCUAAUGUGUCUCAAGGUACUGUCUCCCAGCCUCA